AUGUAUUACUGUCCAGGUGAUAUAAAUAAAGAGCUGACACCGUAUUACCUUAUAGAGUGUGGAUCUCCAUUGAAUGUGACCAAUGGUAAAUUGCAGUAUAACGCAACGACGUUUGGAUCAACCGCUUCUCUUGCCUGUGAAACAGGAUAUGAUGGAAACGACUGUGGACCUCCAUUAAAUGUGACCAAUGGUAAUUUGCUCUAUAUUGCAACGACGUUUGGAUCAACCGCUUCUCUUGUAUGUGAUAGAGGAUAUGAUGGAAACGGUACAAUAAGCUGCCUUGACACUGGCAGUUGGGAAACCCCACCAAAAUGUUCCAUUAAAGACUGUGGAUCUCCAUUGAAUGUGACCAAUGGUAAAUUGCAGUAUAACGCAACGACGUUUGGAUCAACAGCUUCUCUUGCCUGUGAAACAGGAUAUGAUGGAAACGGUACAAUAAGCUGCCUUGACACUGGCAGUUGGGAAAGCCCACCAAAAUGUUCUAUUAAAGACUGUGGAUCUCCAUUGAAUGUGACCAAUGGUAAAUUGCAGUAUAACGCAACGACGUUUGGAUCAACCGCUUCUCUUGCCUGUGAAACAGGAUAUGAUGGAAACGGUACAAUAAGCUGCCUUGACACUGGCAGUUGGGAAAGCCCACCAAAAUGUUCUAUUAAAGAGUGUGGAUCUCCAUUGAAUGUGACCAAUGGUAAAUUGCAGUAUAACGCAACGACGUUUGGAUCAACCGCUUCUCUUGCCUGUGAAACAGGAUAUGAUGGAAACGGUACAAUAAGCUGCCUUGACACUGGCAUUUGGGAAAGCCCACCAAAAUGUUCUAUUAAAGGUCAAUUAUUCAUUAUUUGA